AAGGCGGGGCGGCCCCUUUGUGCAGCGCUGAGGUAACGUCGCGGCCUUUCCUGGCGGGGAUGGAGGACGGCGUCGGGGCGGCAGCGGCGGCCGCCGCCACCCCGGGGACUCCCGUCGGCCUCUCGGCCUCGCAGCGCCGAGCCGAGCUGCGGCGGAGGAAGCUGCUGAUGAACUCGGAGGAGCGGAUCAACCGCAUCAUGGGCUUCCACCGGCCCGCGGCGGGCAAGGAUGAUGAAAGUCGCACAGAAUCAAAACUUCAGCAUGAGCAAGAUAAAUCAAACUCCCUUCCCAUUCCUUCAGUUUCCAAGCGAAUUGUGCUUGGCGAUUCUGUCUGCAAUAUGGCAAGCACGGCUGACCAUGCAGGCAGCAUGGUAGACCUCAAAGGGGAUAAGGACUUGUUCAGUAAGACUCCAGAGCUUGUCAGCGAGGGUACAAGUGAGCUCCGUCACCGUAGUAGAGGGGAACUGCCAUCUGAAGCUGCACCACGGCCUCCUAGGCACGGAUUAGACCAGUAUUUAUCCAGAUUUGAUGAAGCUCUGAAGCUGAGGAACCAGCUGAUGAAUGAGAAGCCAAGCCAAGAGAAUGGGAAUGCAGUGGAGGAGUUUGACUCUUUCCGCAUUUUUAGAUUGGUGGGAUGUGCUCUGCUUGCCAUCGCGGUCAGAGCUUUUGUGUGCAAGUACUUGUCAAUAUUUGCACCAUUUCUUACUCUACAACUUGCUUACAUGGGACUGUCCAAGUACUUUCCAAAGUGUGAGAAGAAGGUGAAAACGACAGUAUUAACUGCUGCUCUUCUACUGUCUGGAAUCCCUGCAGAAGUGAUUAGUCGCUCCAUGGACACCUACAGCAAAAUGGGAGAUGUUUUCACAGACCUUUGUGUCUAUUUCUUUACUUUUAUCUUCUGCCAUGAACUUACUCUGUUUUUUGGUGCUGAAGUGCCAUGAUGGCUCUAGAAUUCAACGCCAUAGUUACACUAAAGCUUUCUGGACUGUUUUCAUUUAAUGUCUGACUGUGCAGAGAGGUUAAACCUUCGUUAAAAUUCUUACCUGUUGGAAUGCUUGAAAGGAGCCUUAAAUGUAGUCAUUUCGGGAAGGGAAGAGCAGGGUCCCAGACUGACGGUUCCAUUGGUUCGGUUUAUUUAAAUACUGUGUCUGCCUAUUACAAAUGUGAAGAAUAAGAUGUAAGUGUCAGUGGAUGAUUUAUUUGGUUUAGUUAGGUGAUGCCCUUCUCAGCCUCCUUCGUAAACAUUUACCGUUGUAAACUGCCUUUGUUUUCAGUGAGAACAAAGAGAAGAGAAUUCCUUUCACCAGAACUGCGCAUAUAUAUACAGGAUGACUCUAGCUAACAAGAACUGCUCAUUUUGUGGUGUUCCCAUUUUUUAAAGAAAGCUCUACAUAAAAGAAAUCCCUGUGUUCUGUUCAAAUUCAGAAUGUCAAACCAAGUAGCUGCUUCUGGAGAAUGUUGGUGAAACAUGCCACUUUGUUGUCCUAACCCUUGCCUUGCUAUACCUGCUUUGUUGUGAUGGUGAUUAAUUUCAUUUGACAAUUAUAGCGCGAAACAGCUAAACAAAACCAACAAAAAAGAAGUCCUGUUGCUUACAAAUGUCGUUAAUGCAAAAGUAGGAAGAAAUAUAAUUAUCUCACCUGUUUGUGAGUUUUCAGCCACGUGAUCCUAGUGUAGCUUAUUCAUGUGCUCUUGUUUUGAUGCCUUUGGUUUUUUAUUUUAACAGUUCACCCCAUGAGAGGAAGGUUGGUCAUCCUGGGAGCCAACCUGCAGUAUCAAGCAUUUGCUCCAGUCUAUGUAAAACUUAUAAGGGAGCUAUUUUCUUUUUUCUAGCUCCUUGCAGGAUUGCAUGAUGACUUUUAUUACGACGUUAAUUUCUGCAGUUUGUCUCUGUUUAUUCCCAGACAUUUGCAUGUAAACAGGACCCUAACUGCAGAGGAGUUCCGCUCCUGCUGCGUAAUGCCGCAGCCCCACAGGACACAGCCUUUGAUUCAGCAGAGCUGGUGACUUUUGUGGUGUGGUCAGAAUUGCCCCAGUGGAAUCCCACUAGCCAUUCCCGUUCGAGCCCUGCAUACUGCAAGUGACAGUGAAAUCAAAAAUAGUGCUUUGAGUGGAAUCCCACAUGACGACCCAUGUCUGAAGGGAGAAUAGCAUUUUGGGGUUUGUUUUCUGUGGAUGUCCAGCCACCUUUCCACCUUUUUUCCAGGUGGAAAGAGGACAAAUACAGAUGAAUCCUGUCACUGGAUGAAGUGGCAAGCUAGUGAUUGCUCAUUUUCAAUCUCAUAAGAAUUUUGCACAGUGAAUGAAGGAAGUGUCAUUCCAGGUAGCUUAAAUGCUGAUAAUCUGUGAAAAUUUCUGUUGAAGCUAAAGUUGGUAUUAUUUUAAUAAUCUACACUUUCAGGUCUUCUAAGCCAAUCCUUUUUUUGGGGUAGAGAAACACCUACAUAUCUUAGUAUGUGUCUGCAGAAUUUUUUUUAGGGAGCAGAGGGUUUGAUUAUGGCUCCUUAAAGUAAAUAGCCCUGCUUUCUGCUUAAUCUUUUCUGUUAAAGCUUCCUGCUGUAAUUUUAGCACUGCGUUUCUGCCUCCUAAGUUAGAUCUAUGUUUGUGGCACAAAAACAAGCAGCUUAUGUUUUCGAUUUGACAAUUUUUGUGGUUUUACUGAUUAUUUUACAGUGAGUAUCAUGUUACAGGUAUCUGGGGCUGGGCUGCAAAAGAUUCUGACUUAGGUCUAUGAACACGAAUACUUAUUCAGAAGCUUUAAAGUUAUAUUAGUCAGGAAUUUCAGCAAAUUGAAAUAGCUGCCAUUUAAAUUAAGGUUGAGUUAUGUAAGUAAUGAGUUUGCUCAAAAGUUACACUUGUUCUUGACUCUAUGUGCCCAAACGGAACACAAAUAAUUUGCAAAAAUACUGUGUACUGACAUCUGCAAAAACCAAUUAAUUUUUAAUCCUCGGCAUAAAAAUUUUAAUCCUAAUCAGCUAAAUACGAAGAAAAGAGCUGCCCUACCUGCUGUAUCACUCAACCCCUUGCACUGUCCUUAUAGGCAAGGACAGAUGAAAUUGUUUUCUUCUUAUGCCAUGAGAGAAAUCUUGCUGUGAGACCUAAGCUGGAACUUUUCAGCCUGCAAACACUUGAUUUUGCCCGACAAGGUGGGCUGGGGGAAGCCUCCCCGCCUGCGGGUGACGGGGCACGGCGCCCGCAGGGGCUUGUGCUAAACGACGCAUCUUCCCCUUGGGUCAAGAAAUUAAUCCCGUUUAGUCCGUUUUUAACUUAUCUCUGUUCAUAGAGUGGUUUGUGUUGGAAGGGGCCUUUAGAGCCCCUCUAGUCCAACCCCCUGCAGUGAGCAGGGACAUCUUCAGCUAGACCAGGUUGCUCAGAGCCCCGUCCAACCUGACCUGGGGUGUUUCAGGGAUGGGGCAUCUACUGCCUCUCUGGGCAACCUGGGCCAGGGUUUCACCACCCUCAUAGUAACAAAUUUUCUCCCUAUAUCCAGUCUAAAUCUACCCUCCUUUAGUUUAAAACCAUUUCCCCUUCUCCUGGAACACGUUCAUGUACAUAAUUCUAUUUAAUACCCUGUCAUAUGUUCAUGUACAUAAUUCUAUUUAAUGUUUAUCGGCAAUCUGAUUGUUUUCUAUUAAAAAUAUAUUUGCUACCCUC